AUGGUCCAAUACCUACCAAAUCAGAUUGAUGCUGCCAAUCUAGCAUACCACUACACUGCAGAGCAGACAGCUUACGGAAUCUAUUAUCGUCGAAACGGAAAUGACGAUCAAUUCCCAGCAGGGUUCUACGAAUCCGAAAGUCAACCAGCUUCCAAUGUCUCAAACUCAUUGCCGACCAUCGCUCUGAGCAUUUGUGUCUUUAAGGGUUUCCCGCUAGAUUACCAAAAAUACCGACACGCUGGUCUUUGUCUCCGGCCUGACGACGGAGGAACAGCCAUGAUGAUUCACACUACCGGGCCAAACACGGCAUAUGAGCUCCAAACGAAGGAUAACUUUAUCCCGAGCAAGAGUCUCAGCUUCGCCAAAGAAGUCACUGUUGGAACAAUACGGACACCAAUGACCAAGGCUCGAUUAGCAGCUCUCAUCUACGAAACGCCGAUCGACAAUCGCAACGCCGAAUUCAACUGUCUUAUCUGGGUAGGAGACGCUCUCGAAAGACUGGCCGCAGCUGGGUAUAUAACCAAGGAGGAGUGUACCGGUGGUAUUGACAAGAUGGUGGAAGCGACCAUGGAAGCAGAGGAGGAGCCAGAACCUGGUGACCCUGCUUAA